UGCUAGACAUAAUUCUAGAUCAUUAUUAUAUAUGUAAUGAACCUUGAAGUUAAUAUAUAUGUAAUCGAUCAAUUAUUUCAGCCACUAGAAGCCAUGGCUUCAACCUUAAGUCAUUCCACAAUUUUGUUGUUCAUUUCAACUUCCCUACUUCUUCUUCUUCUUCCUUUCCUUUUGCAUAAUAAUAUAACCUUGAGCCAAAUCCAAUUUAUCAAUAAUAAUUAUAUUAAUACCUCUAUUCCUAUUCUCAUUUAUCAUAUUUCGAACACCAGUAACGUUAUAGUUCCACCAAAAGUUUCUGAUGAAGACACUUUUCUCUCAAGUUUAAAGCAUCAAAACAAUACAAUGAUUACUAUUAAUAACUAUCACAUUCCUGCUAAAAAGAUAAUCAAGAAGAAGAAGAAUAAGUUGAAGAGAAUUGAGUAUGAUCUGGCUAAGGCCCGACUAGCUAUUCGUCAAGCUAUUAUUUCCAAAAGUUUUAAGUCUGAUAAGAAUGAGAGCUUUGUACCAAAAGGUUCAAUUUACAGAAACCCAUAUGCUUUUCACCAGAGUCAUAUUGAGAUGGUAAAAAGAUUCAAAGUGUGGAGCUACAAGGAAGGAGAACGACCAAUAUUCCACAUGGGCCCAAUGCGUAGCGUGUAUGCUAUUGAAGGACAAUUCAUUGAAGAAAUAGAGAGUGAGGAGAGUCCUUUCAGGGCUAAAUAUCCUGAGGAGGCGCACACAUUUUUGAUUCCUAUCAGUGUAUUUAACAUCAUUAUGUUUAUUUAUAGCCCUAUUAUUCACCCGUCUGACUACAAUCGAGAUCGCCUCUAUCGAGUGAUGAAUGACUAUGUUAGUGUUGUGGCUAAUAAGUACCCAUUUUGGAAUGAAAGCAAUGGUGCUGAUCAUUUCAUGGUUUCCUCCCAUGAUUGGGGUCCAGAAGUAUCACAUGGAAAUUCUCAUCUCUUCAAAAACUUUAUAAGAGUUAUAUGUAAUGCCAACAUGUCAGAAGGAUUUCUACCCAAAAGAGAUGUAUCACUACCUGAAAUCUAUUUGAGAAGAGGAACAUUGGGCCCAGCAGAUUUGGGCCAAUCCCCGCAAAGGCGCAAAAUAUUAGCCUUUUUUGCUGGUGUACUCCAUGGAUAUAUUAGAAAGAUCUUGUUCGAGCAAUGGAAAGACAAAGAUAAAGAGAUUCAGGUGUUUGACAAGGUACCAAGAGGGCAAAAUUACACUAAGCUGAUGGGAAAAAGUAAGUAUUGUUUGUGUCCAAGUGGAUACGAAGUGGCUAGCCCAAGAGUGGUGGAGGCGAUCAAUGCUGGGUGUGUCCCUGUAAUAAUCUCUGAUAGCUACUCAUUACCCUUCAAUGAUGUACUUGAUUGGAAUCAAUUUAGCAUUCAAAUCCCAAUCUCAAAAAUACCUGAAAUUAAGAACAUCUUAAGUGAUAUUUCAAAUGAGAAGUACUUGAUACUAUAUCAUAAGGUUUCUCAGGUAAAAAGACAUUUUGUAUUGAAUAGACCGGCUCAACCGUUUGAUGUGAUUCACAUGGUGCUUCACUCAAUUUGGUUAAGACGACUCAACUUGAACAUCUCCUGAUUGAACGUUUAUUAGUUUAGUCAUUGUUUGUUACAAUAUAGCAGUAAGGGUUUCAACUUUCAACCUAGCUGAAAUCUCCAAACUAAAAAUCGAAAAAAUAAUAAUAAUACCGAGAAAUAGGUAAAAAUAAUUAAAAUUUUGAUAUACUUAAACCUUCACGUAUAACCAAUUAAAGAAUUAAUGCACAAAAAUGAUUGGAAAUUUCAGCUUAAAGGAGGCUGAGUAUAA